GUGUGGCGUGUCCUUUCUUCCCUUCCUCUUUUGCAGCUGCCCUUCCCGUGUAAUUACGGGCGUGCCAUCCGCCCCGGCCUUGGCUACUUCUGGCGAGACCACCAGAGAGGCAGAGACCACCAUGUGCUCGUCACUUCACUCCGUCGCCAUGGUGGGAAGCAGCUGCAGCUCAUCUGCAGGCUGAGAAGCUGGAGCUCUGGUUUAUGAGAUACAAAUCAAUGUCAAGAUCGCACCCAAUCGAGAUGCUGCCAAUCUGCACGGUGGAUCAAUUUCUCAGAGAAAAAUGGAAGCUUUGCAAUCAAGGCCGUGAUCAAUGCCGAGCACGAGCAGCAAGAUGGAGAACCUUUUUCAUGGUUGUUUUGGCGAACGUUUCCUCUCUUUAUGAUGAGGUUUCAUUGCUCAACUUCGAAUAUGCGAAAUGUGAUUGUUUAUUAACUAAUAUUAUUAUCUCUAUCAAACACUAUGGGCAUCGUGUCAAUUUCUAAUAUAUGCUUCGUCAUGACAUGCACCCAAAAAUAUUAUGGAAAAAUGGGGGAUUUGGGAGGAACGGCUCAACUAAACAGCGCAGGGCAAACCCCUCGACCAACCAACCCGCCUCCGCUCCGCACGGCACCGCACCGCGGCGAGGGCCUGCGCGAGGGGAGAAAUGCAGAACAGCGUGGCGAGCAGUGCAGCCGGGGCCGCCGCCGGCGGCGCGGGCGAGCGGGGCAGCGCCGUCGGCGGGGGAGCGGAGCGUGUGGGAGAGCGAGAAGUCGCCGAGGCGGGGCUUGAGCCGGAGGAAGAAAGCCGGCGUGGACGGGUCAGACGAGAGGAGGUUGACCUCAGCGGCGAGCACGAAGGGCGGGCGCGCCGGGGAGCCGAGCGGGUCGAGCCCCGCGCGCACGGUGAGCGCGAAGGGGAGGCCCGGGUCGUUGGGGCGGUGCGAGAGGCGGAGCGCCGGGCCCGACGCGAAGGCGGUGGAGAGGUCGAAGCGGAGUUCCCGCGGGUCGCCGCCCGCGGCGAGGCCCGACUGGAACGGCAGCCCGAGCACGCCGAUCGGCACCUUGGCCCGCAUCUGCGGCCGGUCGUCGUCGCGGAACUUGAUCGACGCCUUCAUCGGCCUCGCCCGCUGGCGUGGCAGGAGGAGCUCGCCGCUGCCUGGGGCCAGAGCAACAAGAAGAGGGGCGCGCUCCGGUCGGCCUACGCCGCGGUCAGGGACAUGAUACGAGAGCUCAAGGACGAUCCUGCUCUCGGCAAGUUCUACGCCGCCAUGGACACGAUUGAAAAGCUUCAUGAGGAAGUGCAAAAACCACUGGAGCAGCUCGUAGAUGGUGAGGCUCUGCUGGAACUUGCUGAUGUUCUGGUCUCAUCUACCAAGGCGGAAAACAGAGAUGAGCCAACCCCAUCUGAAUUUGUUACAGCUCUGCUCAGGAAAUUUGGUGUUACAGCCACACCGUUGGAUGAUUCUAAUGAGCCGUUCUCCUGGUCGAGUCUUGGUGGUGCAGCAUCGACAUUGUUCAUGACAGCAACCGGGUGCCAAACAAUGCAUGGUCCAAUGGGUCUUGCAAUCAAGGAACGGAGACAUGUGUUUAGAAGAGAAUCUGGUUGCUUAGACAGUAGACCUGCAGAGCCUGAUGCUUUGGCGCCAGACCAGGAUGAAAGGAAUGACACCGACAAGAACAUGGCUGUCAUGUUUGACCUCCUAGUACACCACAAAAGUGUAAAGCUGGAACAUCUCAUUCUGAACCGGCAGUCCUUUGCACAAACCGUUGAGAACAUAUUUGCACUCUCAUUUCUGGUGAAGGAUGGGAGAGCUGAGAUAAACGUGGUUGAUAGUGGGGAUCAUUUUGUCGCUCCAAGGAAUGCUCCUGCCGCUGGAUUGAUAGCCUCAAGGAAAGUGACCAACAGCCAAUUUGUGUUCCGGUUUGAUACUGAAGACUGGCAGAUAAUGCAACGAGUGGUCAAGCCAGGAGAGGAAGUAAUGCCUCGCAGAAGUAGUUACCAUGGAGGUGAAUACAGGAACACACAAUCAUGUCCUGCUCGUGAUUGCACUAAGCUGGGUUCAGAUUCCGAGCACCUGAAAGAAGACAAGUUUGCAAAAGAAGACCCAGUAGAGUUCACAAAUGAUGAAGCAGUGAAGGAGAACUUGAUCAAUUGGUGCUCUGAAGAUGACACUAUGAAGAAGAGGAAAAGACAGCAUGUCGCUAGGAGGUUGUUCUCUGCAGAUGACUAGGAAGAAAGAGCAACUGAGCAAGACGAAGUAGGCUCACUGACACAGCAAGUUAACACCAUUUUCAAGAAACUGAAUGCAAUGCAGUUGUAAGCAUGAUUAGGCAGCUUUUCUUUCCCCUUUUGUUCCUGCUAGGAGGAAAUGAUGCUUCAGAGUUCAGAUUAAUACUCUGUAAAUUACUUGCUCUAUAUGGUGCUAAUGUAAGGGCAUGUGAACAUCUGCCCUAAAUGCCUUUAGUUCAACAUGAUCUUGGUUUGGACC